AUGGCGACGACAAGUUCUAUGUUCAUGUACAGCUUGACAUUGCAACCUCCUUCAGCCAUAACUGCAGCCGUGUUGGGUCAAUUUGCCGGUACAAAAGAGCAACAGAUUAUUACAGCAUCUGGCUCGAAGCUCACCAUCCACAGACCCGACUCUACCCAGGGUAAAAUCACCCCACUGUUCACGCAAGACUGCUUCGGCAUCGUCAGGACGUUGGCUUCUUUCCGGUUAGCCGGCAGCACCAAAGACUAUUUGAUCGUUGGAUCCGACUCGGGGCGCAUCACCAUCCUCGAAUAUGCUCGGGACCAAAAUCGCUUCAAUCGCGUACAUCUCGAGACCUAUGGCAAAUCUGGCAUCCGUCGUGUCAUCCCUGGGCAAUACCUUGCCGCGGAUCCCAAAGGAAGAGCAUGCAUGAUUGCAUCAGUGGAGAAGAACAAAUUGGUCUAUGUCCUGAAUCGAAAUGCGCAGGCCGAGCUCACCAUCUCCUCACCACUUGAAGCCCACAAGCCACAGACCCUGGUCUUCGACUGCGUAGCGCUCGACGUUGGUUACGAGAACCCAAUAUUCGCUGCUUUGGAGGUUGACUAUACAGAGGUGGAUCAAGAUCCCAGUGGUCAAGCUUAUGACGAGGUGGAAAAGCUCCUGGUAUUCUAUGAGCUUGACCUAGGACUCAAUCACGUCGUACGAAAAUGGGCGGAACCGGUGGCUCGCAAUGCCACGAAACUUCUACAGGUCCCUGGUGGUUCGGAUGGUCCAAGUGGUGUCCUCGUGUGUUCGGAGGACAACAUCACUUAUCGACACUCGAAUCAAGAUGCUUUCCGGGUACCUAUACCACGACGCAGAGGAGUGUUGGAAAACCCCGAAAGAAAACGGCACAUCGUGGCCGGUGUCAUGCACAAGAUGAAGGGUCAAUUCUUCCUUUUGGCACAAACCGAGGAUGGAGAUCUUUUCAAGGUCACCAUAGACAUGGCUGAGGACGACGACGGCAAACCAACCGGUGAAGUCAAGGCUCUGAAGAUCAAAUAUUUCGAUACAGUGCCCGUCGCCAAUAGCCUGCAUAUCCUAAAGAGUGGCUUUUUAUUCGUGACUGCUGAAAGUGGCAACCAUCAUUUCUACCAAUUCGAGAAGCUUGGAGAUGACGACGAAGAGACAGAGUUCUCUAGCGACGACUAUCCUGCCGACCCAACAGACGAUUAUACAGCCGCUUAUUUCCACGUCCGGCCACUCUCUAACCUGAAUCUUGUUCAAAGUAUCGACUCCGCAAACCCCCUGAUGGAUUGCAAAGUUGCAAACCUCCUGGACGAGGAUGCGCCACAGAUAUACUCGAUAUGUGGCACUGGAGCACGGAGUAGCUUCAAGACUUUGAAGCACGGCCUGUCUGUUGCGGAAAUUGUGGAAUCAGAAUUACCAGACAAGCCUGAAGCAGUCUGGACUACCAAAUUGACAAGAGAGGACACGUAUGACUCCUACAUUAUUCUGUCUUUCAAAACUGGCACGCUUGUGCUAAGUAUCGGAGAAACUGUGGAGGAGGUCACCGACACAGGCUUUCUAUCAACUGCUCCGACUCUUGCAGUACAACAACUGGGCGAAGAUGCUCUUAUUCAAGUACAUCCAAAAGGUAUCAGACAUAUCCGAGCCGAUAAGCGUGUCAAUGAAUGGCCGGCACCACAGCAUCGCUCAAUCGUAGCAGCCACGGCGAAUGAGCGGCAAGUUGCAGUUGCUCUUAGCUCGGGCGAGAUCGUCUAUUUCGAGAUGGACACUGAUGGUUCUCUGGCUGAAUAUGAUGAACGAAGAGAAAUGACCGGCACAGUUACGUGCCUCAGCCUCGGUGAUGUCCCCGAAGGUCGGGUUCGAAGCUCAUUCCUCGCUGUUGGUUGUGAUGACUCGACCGUCAGAAUCCUUAGCUUGGAUCCAGACUCUACGCUCGAAAACAAGUCUGUACAGGCACUGACUUCCGCACCCUCCGCUCUGUGUAUAAUGGGCAUGACAGACUCCACGUCUGGUGGGACCACCUUGUACCUUCAUAUCGGUCUCUACUCGGGUGUGUACCUUCGAACGGUCUUGGACGAGAUCACCGGAGAGCUAUCAGACACACGGACUCGAUUCUUGGGCUUGAAGCCUGCCAAACUCUUCCGUGUCUCAGUGCAGGGUCAAAACGCUGUCCUUGCGCUUAGCUCACGCUCAUGGCUGGGCUAUACUGAUACACAGACCAAUGGCUUCAUGUUGACACCACUCGACUAUGUCGGCUUACAAUACGUCUGGAACUUUACCAGUGAGCAGUGCCCUGAAGGAAUGGUGGGAAUUCAAGGACAGAACCUGCGGAUUUUUACCAUUGAAGAUUUGUCGCGAAACAUAUUACAGGAGAAUAUUCCGCUCCCUUACACUCCCCGAAAGUUCGUCCGACAUCCCGAUCAUCCUCUAUUCUAUGUCAUCGAGGCCGAUAACAACGUACUCGCACCAGCGACACGGACCAGACUGCUCACAGAGACUACGGCGGUCAAUGGUGAUGCUGUAGUCCUUCCUGCCGAAGAGUUUGGGUAUCCCCGAGGCACUGGCCAUUGGGCAUCCUGUGUUCAGAUCAUCGACCCUGUCAGCACCAAAUCCAUCGUCUUCACAUUAGAGCUCGAAGACAACGAAUGUGCCACAAGCAUCACCGCAGCGCCUUUUGCAAGCCAAGACGACGAGACAUUCUUGAUCGUGGGUACUGCAAAGGAUUUGGUGACAAGCCCACGGUCCUUCUCUGCGGGUUUCCUGCAUGUUUACCGCCUUCAUGAAGACGGCAAAGAACUUGAAUUUAUCCACAAGACCAAAGUUGAGCAACCCCCAACCGCUCUACUUCCAUUUCAAGGACGUCUUCUCGCUGGCAUCGGAGCAGACCUGAGAAUCUACGACCUUGGCAUGAAGCAGAUGCUUCGGAAAUGCCAGGUUUCUGUAUCCAACCUCAUUGUUGGACUUCAAACCCAGGGAAGCAGGAUUAUUGUCAGUGACGUGCAAGAAAGUGUCACAUAUGCCGUGUACAAAUAUCAAGAGAACAAGCUGAUCCCGUUUGUCGAUGAUGUGAUCGCUCGCUGGACAACAUGUGCCACCAUGGUCGAUUAUGAGACAGUGGCAGGAGGCGACAAAUUCGGCAACUUAUGGCUGCUGCGUUGCCCGCAAAAGGCAUCUGAAGAAGCUGACGAAGACGGGUCAGGGGCGCAUCUGGUCCACGAGAGACAAUAUCUCAGCGGUGCUCCAAACCGUCUCAACCUAAUGACGCAUUACUUCCCCGGCGAUAUUCCCACGAGUAUCCAGAAGACCAAUUUGGUCGCUGGUGGUCGAGACGUCGUCUUCUGGACUGGGUUCCAAGGCACACUGGGCAUGCUCGUGCCAUUUGUCAGCCGCGAGGACGUUGACUUUUUCCAGUCUCUCGAGAUGCAACUGGCUUCGACUAACGGCAACCCACCACUCCUUGGCCGAGAUCAUCUCAUCUACCGCUCAUACUACGCACCCUCGAAAGGCACCAUCGACGGCGACCUGUGCGAGACAUAUUUCCUUCUUCACAACGACAAAAAGCUCAUGAUUGCGGGCGAACUGGACCGCUCGGUGCGCGAGAUCGAACGAAAAAUCUCCGAUAUGAGGACGAGAGUGGCCUAUUAAGCGGCUUCUUAGCCCUUGGAAUGUGUUUGUAUGAUCUAUAUUGACAGGAGAUACGAUUCGAGAUACCCCCUUGUUUGCAAUGGUGGCUUUAUCUGGGGCCGUUUUUGCAUAUGGCUCACAAUGAUAUCCUCCACAACACGUGCAAUUCCUGUGCGCUCGAGGCUUUAUGCUGUGCCUGUUUUGUCCCCUCUUCCACUUUAUGUGUCUCAUGC